AGUUUCCGGCGUGUCAGAUUUUCGGGCCAUUCAACAUUGAAAAGUACGAGCGCUGCAUGUGAACGCAUUUGGAUUCUAGAAGACGGGCAAUCUAACUGCUGAGGCUGCCAAAAAAUUAAGGUCAAACUAUGCGUUUAACAUCUCAUUCUCCAAGCCUAAAUUUUUUCAUAAAUUGGACCUCAUAGAAUCCUCUAGACCUCUUAGAAUUUCAACCCCUCAUUUCCCCUCUUAAAACCCCCUCCCCUUCUUUGCCAAUCUUCCUCCAACACACUCCUCCUCCUUUCCUCUUCCUCUUAUCCAAUACCCAAUUCUUGAUUUUAACAAAAAUCAACCAAGAAAACCAAGAAUUUGCUUUUGGGUUGCAGAAACGUUCAUGGGUACUUUGGUGGGUCAUGUGGCUCCAGGCUUUGCUUUCUUUUUUCUUGGUUUUUGGCACCUGUUUAACCACACGAGACUCUUUGUUCAACAUCCCAAUUCUUACACCUCUUCUCCUUGGUUUCCGACCCCAAAAUUUAGGUACAUAGAGCUUGUCUUGAUUAUGGUAGGUAGCUCAAUCUCUGUGUCUAUGGAGCUGUUCAUUGGUCCUGAGAGACACCAACCCUUUGAUCCUGAUGGAACCAUACCAUCAAACCAUCUUCAUAAUUUUGAGCACUCUUCAAUAUCAAUGACUUUCUUUGUGUAUGCACUUUUUGCAAUAAUUAUUGAUAAAAUGGGUGUUAAAGCUCAGUAUGGUCUAACUCAAUUUCUUGGAGCAUUAGCCUUUGGGCAACAGCUUUUUAUGUUCCAUCUUCACUCAGCUGAUCACAUGGGUGUUGAAGGCCAAUACCAUUUGCUUCUCCAAAUAGUUAUAGUUGUUUCUUUAGCCACCACUCUCAUGGGCAUGGGCAUGGCUAAGAGUUUCAUGGUUAGCUUUGUUAGGUCUGCAAGUAUUAUGUACCAAGGUUUGUGGUUCAUAGUCAUGGGCUAUGUUCUUUGGACUCCAUCUUUGGUCCCCAAAGGUUGCUUCAUUCACUCAGAAGAAGGUCAUCAAGUUGUGAGAUGUUCAGGGGAGGAAGCUUUACACAGGGCCAAGUCGCUAGUAAAUAUUCAAUUCAGCUGGCUCUUGAUUGGAAUCACCAUUUUCGUGAUGUGCUUCUAUUUGGGUAUGCACAAAUACUAUGGUGAAGAAAACAUUGAGUACUCAUCUUUAACAAAAGAAGAUCAGCAGUUGCUUGAAGAAGACUCAGAUGAUGUAGAAUCACAAAAGACUGAUAACAAACCAAACAGUUUUAUGAACAUAGGAAGAAGCUUUGCCCCAAUUGACAUGGAAAGGUAAAAAGCAAGAAGAAGAUAAAGCUUGAAGUCAUAUAUAUGUACAAAUUAAUUAGGUUUUUAGUGGGAUCCCACUCUGUGUUUAAUUAAGCAUUCAACAGUGUUUGCUCAGUGAGAAACAAUGACAUGGGAAAAAAAAGGUGUGUUGUUGAUUAGGGAGGAAAUUGGCAUGAAAUUGUUUGGCUUAUUGCAUUGAUUGAUGGGUCUGUCUCAGCUUCAGGGUGAAUCUUAUUGGUAUGUUGUUUGUGUC